GUCCUUGUCAGUAGUUCAGGAGUGAGUGGUGAAGCAAGCUGACACUGUGGGACUCUUGUCAGUAGUUCAGGAGUGAGUGGUGAAGCAAGCUGACACUGUGGGACUCUUGUCAGUAGUUCAGGAGUGAGUGGUGAAGCAAGCUGACACUGUGGGACUCUUGUCAGUAGUACAGGAGUGAGUGGUGAAGCAAGCUGACACUGUGGGACUCUUGUCAGUAGUUCAGGAGUGAGUGGUGAAGCAAGCUGACACUGUGGGACUCUUGUCAGUAGUACAGGAGUGAGUGGUGAAGCAAGCUGACACUGUGGGACUCUUGUCAGUAGUUCAGGAGUGAGUGGUGGAGCAAGCUGACACUGUGGGACUCUUGUCAGUAGUUCAGGAGUGAGUGGUGGAGCAAGCUGACACUGUGGGACUCUUGUCAGUAGUUCAGGAGUGAGUGGUGGAGCAAGCUGACACUGUGGGACUCUUGUCAGUAGUUCAGGAGUGAGUGGUGGAGCAAGCUGACACUGUGGGACUCUUGUCAGUAGUUCAGGAGUGAGUGGUGGAGCAAGCUGACACUGUGGGACUCUUGUCAGUAGUUCAGGAGUGAGUGGUGGAGCAAGCUGACACUGUGGGACUCUUGUCAGUAGUUCAGGAGUGAGUGGUGGAGCAAACUGACACUGUGGGACUCUUGUCAGUAGUUCAGGAGUGAGUGGUGAAGCAAGCUGACACUGUGGGACUCUUGUCAGUAGUUCAGGAGUGAGUGGUGGAGCAAGCUGACACUGUGGGACUCUUGUCAGUAGUUCAGGAGUGAGUGGUGAAGCAAGCUGACACUGUGGGACUCUUGUCAGUAGUACAGGAGUGAGUGGUGGAGCAAGCUGACACUGUGGGACUCUUGUCAGUAGUACAGGAGUGAGUGGUGGAGCAAGCUGACACUGUGGGACCUGACUCUGCUCUUAACACAGGUGAGUGAGCGAGAGCAGGCGGCGGUGGACGCCUGGCUGGCGUCAGGGAAGCCUUUCCACGUGAUGCGGGAUCACCCACAUCAUAAUGUGCCUAUCUUGGGUGGAACUUGGGCAGCUCGCUGGGACCAAGACAUCAUCAACACCAGUGAACUCAUUACCAUCAGGGACCUCAUGCUCCGGGAUGCUGUAGGCACCUCCCUUUAUGGAAAAGAUCAAGCCAUUUUAAAAAGAAGACUGUGGCCGGUGAUGACAGGUCGGGUGCUGGCCCACGACAGUUACACCUGCACAAGUUUCCCAGGAAGUGUUCCCUGGCCCACGCAGCGGGUGGACGGGUUCUUCGUGGGGUCUCCCAGGUCGAUAUAAGGAGAAGAGCAGGAAUCAAAUAGUAUCUGCUCACUGUCCAGUUCAAUGCCGUCCUCAGCAACACCAGGAUUGGUUGUUAUGUUGAUUGGGUCAUAAUGUCUAUUUCCCUAGCAUCACCAGGAUUGGUUGGUAUGAUGAUUUUUCAAAAUGUCUACAUAGGCUACAAAUCCUAUGAAUAAUUUAUCUUAUGUUCGUCAUUUCUCAGGGCAUAGAUACAAUGUAAAAAAAAUAAUUUUUUCAUCUAUAUAUCUAAGAACUCUUUGGGUUGUUAGUCCAGAAUUCUUAGAUGAAGAGUUUAAGAAUAUUGAUUCUAUUGGUCUCAAGCUUUGUUAUCCACUGAGUUUUUUAAUGUUUGCCGUAGCAAAGCACGUCUUACAUGUUAUAGUAAUAUAUAAAGUGAGAGAAUUCGCCCAAAGAAUGUGUUUUGUUUACCAAAUUUUUCUGGGUUUGAAAAUAUUGUCAAGGCUUUGAAACUUUUUGAUCUACAUGUAUUUUCAAUUACGAAAAUACAGUUGGUAAACAAUUAGAUAGAAACAGCCCUCGUAGUGAUAAUUGUACCAUUUAUAAAAUACCUUGUAAAGAAUGUAAUAGGUUCUAUGGUGGGCAAACAUCUAAGGAUUUGAAAUGUAAAAUUUUGCCACAUAAAUACUCUGUAGGACAUAGCCAAUUGUUUAAUCCUCUGUCUGUUCAUUUGUCAGAAAAUUCUCAACAAAUUGAUUGGGAGAUGGGUUCUUCAAUAACGAAUUGGAAAAAUUCACUUUCAAUAAGAACAUAAUUGAAUCGGCUUUAAUACAGAUUACAAAAUCAUGUAAUUUGAACAUCAGCAGUGGUUUAUAUAAUUUAGAUCCAUUUUUGAAUGAUCAGUUAAAGGGCAAUUUGAGUAGGAUCAUUGAUACACAUUUGUCUCACUAAUUCAUUGCUAGUAUCUACUCUCUUAUGCUAUUAUUAUUCAUGUAUGGGUCUACUGGCCCAUACAUAGGUAAUAAUAGGGGUCUAUUGGUCCAUAUGAUGCAGCUCUUAUGUUAUAUCCAACUAAUCCUAUUCAUAUAUUUGUCAUUAUACCUCACCUCACCUCUUUCUCGUACCUAUAUAUGUCCAAACCUAUUGACUUGUAAAUCAUUUGUUCUGAAAAUGUAUUAAUAUACGAAAGAACUUAAGGAAAUUCCUGUUUCAAAUCUUCCUCCCUGGUCUGACACGGACAUAUUUUUCAUCACGUGUUAAUUUUCGUGAUUUACGCCCACA